GCUCUCCGGUUCUUAAAUUGUUUUGUGAAUAUUUGUGAAUCUCUACAUAUCGACCCUUCUCUUGAUCUUUUUCUCCAUAUGUAUGAUGUCUUGCCCGGGACUAGUAACUGCCCGAGUUUUGUUUAUUUCCAUUCCCGUGCCAACUCUAGGGGUUUUAUAACCGGUCUUCCCCCUAGCCAUAAGAAAUGGAAACAAAUAUUUGUUUUCAUCAAGUUCCCCUCUGACCAAUUUCCUCUUUCUCAUCGUGAGUGGGCUGACCGGGUUAUAAAACCUGAAAGGGUUCACCCGGCACCUACUAAAAAGCUUCAAGACGCCUGUGAGAAACUUCUCAAGGGUGAUCCUGUAACCGGGAAACCCUAUGCCUAUGGGGGCUGGGUGUACCGGUUACGUAAUCCGGAUGGGGGUGUAUCUGCGACCCAUGACGCAGAAGAUGACCGGGCCAAUUCCCCGGAAGAUCAUGCUGAGGCCAGUUCUCCUCAUCCAGACAUGGACUUCAACAGGAUGACCACCAUCCUCGAGGAUGAUGACGAUGAUGUCCAAGUCCUUCCUUUCAACCGGUCUCCUCUUUCCAAGCCUCCUUCUCCUUCUUUGAUCCCUGAAAUGGACGAGGCUGCAAGUGCCCGGUGUAGCCCUACCCAUGAAGAGAGCCAGAAGCAGAAAUCUCCUCCAGCCACUCAUCUCUCUGAAAGUGACCGGGUCCCUUCUCCUAGGAAAGAUGUCAAGGCCAAAGGAAAAGAGAUCGGUCAUGCUUCCUCUCACAAAAGGAAGGGUUCCCACAAGACUUCAAAGGGAGAAAGGAAGAAGAAGGUCAGGCUAUCAGAUUUGGAGGGGGAAUCCAUUGAAGUAACUUUCCUAUCCUUGGCCCAGAAACUCAGCAAGGUCGGGAUCUUAUCUGAAGAAGUUGGCCGGUCAAUCUUUGAACCAAAGGACCAGGUCUCCGAGCUUACCCUCCUCCUUGACUCUGCUAAGAUAGAGAUCAAUGACCGGGUUGAGAGGGAGAAGAAGCUGGAAGAAGAUCUGAUGGCUGAAAGGGCCAGGUUAGAGGAGGAAAGGGCCAAGCUGGUGGAGGCAAAGAGGAAGGUGGCAGAGUUGGAAGAUGUUUUGGCCCAAGCUGAAGAGACUGCCCGGUCAAAGGAGCAAUCCUUCCCUGAUGAGGCUGCACGAUGGGCGGCCGGGCAUCAUAUCGAGACUGCCCGGUCUAUUCUAGUUGGGCCGGAGGAGACAAUGGCCUUCUUCAAGACCAUGUACAAGGAGCCGGAGGGAAAAAAGAUGAUAACCGAUAUCGGCUCAUAUGGUUUCCAAUGCGGUCAGAAGGAUGAGAGGUCACUCCUCUAUACAAGGCUUCAGAAGAGGGACCCUUCCUUUGACCCGGCCAAGAUGAAGCUUCCUCCUUUGUACAAGGAAGAGCCAGCUCCCCCCUUUCCCCUAAACUAGGUUAGGGUUUUUCUUUAAAAACUGAACUUUCCAAGGCCUGGGGAAUGUCCGGCCUACUUUUGACUAAUGAUAUUUAAAUUUUCUUGGUAUGCCUUCAAUCUUUACCGGUGUCUUUGCUUGAAUCUUUGAAUGGUUGAACUUCUUCCCUUUGUUAUCCCUUUUGCAUAGUUGUUUUACUUGCUUGGAUAUUUUCUUUGCCUGGUUGUUUUCCCGCUUUGGAGUUGCUUGGU